UAAUUUUUUCUGAAUUUAAAAAAAUUAUUUUUAGAAUGACUUCUCGUCAUGUGAUAAAAAAAAACAAGUGGAGUAUAGACUUCAACAGUCCUUCACGAACUGGUGUGAUUUCAAAAGUUAAAAAUAAUGACCAUUUAAACCCUGUUGGAUACACUGAUCAAAAAAUAAAUGCUAGUGGUGCAACUCAGGUUUCAGACUCAAAGCUUAUAUCAAAACGGUCAUGGAAUAUUGCAACAGGUCCUGCUAAACAAAUACCCAUGAAUUUGUUUAUAAUGUACAUGGGUGGAAGCUCAAUUUCUAUUUUUCCUAUAAUGAUUCUGGGAAUGAUGAUAUUCAGACCUAUUAAAGCUAUGAUGGCUUACAAAACAACAUUUAAAAUGUUUGAGGAAGAUAAACAAGCAAUUCUUCUCAAAAUUGCUUGGUUUUUAGGUAAUUUGUCUGGAAUUGUUAUAGCACUUUGGAGAUGUCACUCAAUGGGUUUGCUUCCUACCUCUCCAUCUGAUUGGUUAGCUUUUAAAGAACAUAGAAAACAAUUAGAGUAUGUUAUAGGAGGAAUGAAUCCAUGAAAAAUUUUUAAUUUAUUGACAAAUUUAGAAAAAUUGAGCAAA